AUGAUAUUAGUCCUUGAAUUUAUAAAAAAAUCUGAACCGGGUUCCCUUUUUUGCCCAAAUACUUCAUCUCCUUCCCUCUACCCUUCUUCACAAUCGUCGCUUCUUGCUCCCUCCUACCGAGACUCCGAUUGCAACCCUCCGCCAUUCCCUCCGGUCAUCCACUCCAGACACCGUCUCCGCCAUCUUCGCCGGCAGCGAAGCCCUCCUGCUCCCUCGUCGACGCCAGUUCUCUUCCACCCCUUUCUCCUCCAUCUCCGAUCCUGUCUGCGUCCGUUCGGUCUGCAACGUCGCCAUCGUCGCCGUAUUCGCCUCCGCCUCCGGCUGCUUCGCCUGUGCCGCCUUCGCCUCCGGCAUCUUCUCAAAGUCGGUGUUGUGGAUUCGCCAAAAAUGGGAGAAGUGACCUUUAUGCAGGAGGAUGAUAAUCAUUUAGAGGCUACAAGGGCCAGAUUUUCAAGCGUCCUCAAAAGGCAUGGGGAACUAACUGAGCGCCUUUCAAGAGACUCUGAUAAAAUGAUUUUUGAGCGGCUACAAAAGGAAUUUGAAGCUGCACGUGCUUCCCAAACUCAAGAAGUUUGUUUGGAUACAGAGCAGUGGAAUGAUGGUUUAUUGGCAACAAUAAGGGAACGGGUUCAUAUGGAGGCUGAAAGAAAAGCAAUGCAGUUGCCUCUGGAUUCAAGCAUGCUGCCAAUCUCUAUAUUUAAUGACAAAAUUACAUAUAAAGUUGGAACCAAGGUGAUAUGUUGUUUGGAAGGAGCACGCAUUGGCAUACAAUAUGAAACAUCUUUUGCAGGCGAGGCGCGUGAGCUGUAUCAUUGUGUUCUGGAAAGCAAAUCAUUUCUUGAGAAGAUGACUGUUCUCCAACACACAGUUCCUUUCUUUUUGCCAAUACGUGAAGUAGAAAACGAUCUUUUAUCUUCAAAUGCAAUGAAAUUUAUAGAUCACAUUGGAGACCUAUUGCAAGCAUAUGUCGAUAGACGAGAACAGGUUCGCCUCAUAAAGGACUUGUAUGGUAACCAGAUUGGACAACUUUAUCACAGUCUUCCCUACCAUAUGAUUGAGUUUGUUGUGGAUGAUUUUGAUUGCAAGGUAACAGUGAGUCUUAGGUAUGCAGAUCUGUUGUCUAUACUUCCAACUGGUAUCAGUGUGGUGGCAUGGCCCAUGAACCAAUCAAAGAAGUCCCCAACCGGGGGCAAAAAGGGAAAUGGAAGUCCAAUUCGAUUAUCCUAUGCAGAAGAUGCACUUCGCACUCUCAGUUUGCCAGAAGCAUAUGCGGAGAUCGUGCUAAAUCUUCCGGAAGCUCUUGAGCAAAAUGUUGAACCCAAGGAUCCUGUAUCUACCUAAUGAAACGCGCUUCAAGUUUAAAGCUGUACAAACUCUAUUAUUGUGUAAAGUUGAUAUUCAUUGAUUUUUAUUUCCUUUUUAAAUUCUCUUUUUAGGCACCUGUUUUUAUUUCACUUUAAUAUUUUUUGUACUUUGUGCACUUUACUAUUUUUACCAAAACAGGCAACGUGUUCGGCAAAACUAGCCGGUAGCGGGUAGCUUUUGAUUUUGGAGUUUUUUGUUUAGGGCUAAACGCUAAACACGCUCCUGUCGUUCCGAACGAUGCUUUUUCUUAUUAACUAGCGUUUUCUUAAAAGCUAGAAGCGAGAAGCUCCCAAAAGCUGCGUGUCGAACAUGCCCUAAUUACCUACACUAACAACUGUUGUAAUGCAAUCGGUACUUUUACAUUUACGCUUAUCAAAUAUAUUUGUCGUUUAUCUGUUUAUCCGUAUUUGCAGUUGUUAAAUACUCUUCUUAUUGAAGAUAAAAGGCCUUUACAUAUAGGCAGAACAAACGAAAUAGAAUAAAGAAAGACAAAAUUACAUAAAUGGUCCUUGUGCUUGAUAAAAUCAACCAACUCUAGUCCUUUAUGCUAAGUUUUUUGUAUGGAUGGUUCUUAUGGUUUCAAAAUCUUGCAAAUAUAAUUUUUUCGGUUAACGGUGU